AUGAAGGGCACAACGAAUCUCUCAACCCUGGCCCUCUGGCACUCUGGAGUGAUUAGGAGCAGAGAGAGGCUGGGUGUUGGUGAUAAGCCCAAUGAUACGUAUUGCUACAGCACCGCCAACAACAGCACCGUACUCCAGGGAGUGACCUUUGGUGGAGUUCCUACUGUCCUGCUCAUAGAUGUCAGCUGCUUUUUGUUUUUAAUAGUUGUGUUUUCCAUAAUUCGAAGAAGAUUUUGGGACUAUGGCCGCAUCGCACUGGUGUCAGAGAAAGACAGUGAGUCCAGAUACCAGAGGCUGUCUUCCUCCUCCUCGGGGCAUCACGACUUUGAAUCAGAUCUGGGGUGUUGUUCAUGGCUAACUGCUGUUUUCCGAAUGCAAGAUGAACAGAUCCAGGAAUGGUGUGGAGACGAUGCCAUACACUACCUGUCCUUCCAACGCCAUAUCAUCUUCCUUCUAGUGGUGAUCAGCUUCCUGUCUCUGUGUAUCAUCCUACCUGUCAAUCUCUCGGGUGAUUUACUGGACAAAGAUCCUUACAAUUUUGGGAGGACCACAAUUGCAAAUCUCCAGGUUGGAAAUAACUUGCUCUGGCUGCACACCAUCUUUGCUGUCGUCUACCUCCUGCUGACCAUUGGCUUCAUGAGACACCACACCCAGUCCAUCAAGUACAAAAAGGAAAACCUGGUGAGACGUACUCUGUUUAUCACAGGACUCCCCAAAAAUACCAGGAAAGAGGUGUUAGAGAGCCACUUCAGAGAUGCCUAUCCCACCUGUACUGUAGUCGAGGUCCAACUAUGCUACGAUGUCGCCAAGCUAAUUUAUUUGUGUAAUGAAAGGAAAAAAGCUGAGAAAAGCCUGAAUUAUUACACCAACCUGCAGACAAAAACUGGCGAACGCACACUCAUCAACCCCAAGCCUUGUGGCCAGUUCUGUUUCUGUGAAAUCCAAGGGUGUGAGAAGGAAGAUGCCAUCAUUUACUAUGCUCGGAUGAAAGACAAGCUGCUGCAAAAGUUAUCACAAGAGGAACACACGGUUCAGGAUCGCCCCUUGGGAAUGGCCUUUGUCACCUUCCAGGAGCCCUCCAUGGCAAACUUCAUCCUCAAAGAUUUCAAUGCUUGCAAGUGUCAGGGAUGCCGAUGCAAAGGUGAGCCUCAGCCGUCAUCCUACAGCAAAGAACUCUGUGCUUCCAGCUGGACCGUUGCCUUUGCUACCUAUCCUGAGGACAUUUGCUGGAAGAAUCUUUCUAUUCAGGGUCUCCGAUGGUGGUUCCAGUGGUCAGGCAUCAAUUUCAUCCUCUCAGUGGUACUGUUCUUCCUGACCACUCCUUCGAUCAUUCUUUCCACAAUGGAUAAGUUCAAUGUCACCAAACCCAUUCAUGCCCUAAAUGACCCAAUAAUCAGCCAGUUCUUCCCAACGCUCCUCCUGUGGUCCUUCUCUGCACUGCUGCCUUCCAUAGUCUACUACUCAACACUGCUGGAGUCACACUGGACCAAGUCAGGAGAGAACAGAAUAAUGAUGAUCAAGGUGUACAUUUUCCUGAUCUUUAUGGUGCUGAUCCUCCCCUCUCUGGGUCUUACCAGUCUGGAUUUUUUCUUCCGGUGGCUAUUCGACAAGGCUUCCUCUGAAACCUCAAUCAGAUUAGAGUGUGUCUUCCUGCCUGACCAAGGAGCCUUCUUUGUGAACUAUGUCAUCGCCUCAGCCUUCAUUGGCAAUGGCAUGGAGCUCCUGCGGCUGCCUGGCCUCAUUCUCUAUACCAUCCGGAUGAUCAUGGCCAAGACAGCCGCCGACCGAAGGAACCUCAAACAGCAACAGGCAUUUGAGUAUGAGUUUGGAGCUAUGUAUGCAUGGAUGCUAUGUGUUUUCACUGUCAUCAUGGCCUACAGUAUCACCUGCCCCAUCAUCGUCCCUUUUGGUCUUAUCUACAUCCUCCUCAAGCAUAUGGUAGAUCGACACAAUCUCUACUUUGCCUAUCUCCCAACCAAACUGGAAAAGAAGAUCCAUUUUGCUGCUGUAAACCAGGCCCUGGCUGCACCCAUCCUCUGCCUCUUCUGGCUGUACUUUUUCUCCUUCCUGAGGUUAGGUUUCCAGGCGCCUACAAGCCUAUUUACCCUGCUGGCCGUGCUGCUCACCAUCGCCGUCUGCAUAGGCUACACCUGCUUCGGCUGCUUCAAGCACCUGAGCCCCCUGAAUUACAAGACAGAUGAAUCGGCAAACGACAAAGGAAAUGAAACAGACGGACGCCUUCCUCCCAGAGCUGCUUUGUAUGUGCCCAGAAUCCUGAGUAGCCUGGCCUCGGAGAGGACCUCCCUGUCCCCACAGGACCAGCAGACAUAUGGCGCCGUCCAGAACAUCAGUGGGACUGUCCCCAGACAGCACUCCCCAAAACUUUCAGGCUUUGCUCCUUCCUUGGAUGCUUGAGAUGAACCUAACCCAGAAUGAGCAGGAAUGGGGUGGAGCCCUUCAUCCGGCUGUGAGGAGAAGAAGCUGGACAGACAGCAGCUUGGUUUCCAAGCACCUCAGCUUUCUUCUCUUUCAACCCAUUUCAAGCUCCAUUUUCCUAGGAUAAGAGAAGUCAGAAUGGCUCCCCAAACCUAUCUGAGACAGCAGUCAAGGUGUGGAUCAGGAGGAGGGGCAAGCCCGGCUUUCUGGAUUUCUGAGAGGUUUUCCCCUCCAGCUCUGUCCCCUGGCAAUGCUGCCCCUAAGGUGCAGAACUGGCUGUCUGCAUGCAAUGAUGAGCUUUAAUUAAGGGUUCGUGUUAGCGCUGUGGCCCUGGAUAAAUCAUCCAAGGGACUGGAACAGGUGCCGGGAAUAAGAGAGCAGGACCGGGGAGCAUGGAGCAGAUUUUUUCCAUCCUGGCCCUCGCUCUAACGUGCAUGUACACAAAUACACGCGCUCCGCUUUGCACAUAAAGAGCCUUCAAAGGCAAAGGUGGCCGGGCAGGUUUCUGGGUCACAGGCAGGGGCCAGUCUUCCUUCUGCACCAUUGUCUUCUUCCCACCCUUCCAUGCAAGACCUUCCCAGGAGCUGCCCCGGGACCAGAGGUGAGGAAGGGGAAGGAAGCUUCCAAGUCCAUCUCUUGUUGGGCUCUCAGAUUGCACGCUGACUCCAUCCGCAGUGCCAUCUCCCCCUGCCUUGUUUCUUGUGUUGGCUCCUGCGCUUUCCUAGGGUUGCCUCACGAUGGCAAUGACACUGCCAGCCGGUUCACCCAUGAAAAAAAAAGAUAAUUGCCCAAGGAAUGAGGAUGGCGGUCCCUUAAUAAAGUGUGGAACGCAGAGUGUGCGGGUUGCCAGGCCAGGGGAGACUC